CCUGCUUCCGCAACCACGAGCUGCAGACUAACUGAGGAAGACAACACACCAGAUUUCUGAGAUAAUCAAGAUCAACACCUGUGCAACAUGGAGCACGGCCAGGCGACGACUAACCGCGUCGACGAGUACGGCAACCCGGUGGCCGGACAUGGCGUCGGCACCGGCGCCGGCGCGGCUCACAAGACCGGAGGGAUCCUGCAGCGCUCCGGCAGCUCUAGUAGCUCCAGCUCGUCUGAGGAUGAUGGCAUGGGUGGGAGGAGGAAGAAGGGCAUCAAGCAGAAGAUAAAGGAGAAGCUCCCUGGUGACCACGGUGACCAGCAGCAGACCGCUGGCACCUACGGCCAGCAGGGACACACCGGAAUGACCGGCACUGGGGCGCAUGGCACCACGGCCACUGGCGGCACCUACGGCCAGCAGGGACACGCCGGAAUGACCGGCACUGGGACGCACGGCACCGAUGGCACCGGCGAGAAGAAAGGCAUCAUGGACAAGAUCAAGGAGAAGCUUCCCGGACAGCACUGAGGCCCCCGCCCGCGGCCGCUACUUAUGAAAGUUUGAGGUGCCGGUCUGGCCACCUCUGCAGAAUAAUAGGAUGGAGAGAUACAGUUGAACUUCCCGAAAUAGAGUGAGCUACCUCACUUGUAAUAUCUGAGUUCUAAGUUUGGUGGACUUGAAUUUGGGUUGCUUGUAUGUAGCCGGGACGUUUUGUACUAUGUACUUUGAUGUGUAAAUUUUCUUUUGGUUGUACUGUGUGUGUAUGGGGAUGUAUAUCAUGGUAUAAUACAAUAUAUUUUUCCCUUUUA